AGCCCUGAGGCCCUCCCUGCUCUCCCUUCUCCCACCCCUGGUGAAAACUGCGGGCUCUUUGCAGGGUGCAGCAACUGGAGGCGGCGGUGCAUCCAGAGGAGGCUGCUGCAGCAGAGCAACAGAGCGCAGGACUGAGCUCGUGGCACCAUGAACCCGGCCAUCGGCAUCGCUGUCCUGCUGGCAGUCUUGCAGGUAUCCCGAGGGCAGAAGGUGACCAGCCUAACGGCCUGCCUGGUGAACCAGAGCCUCCGUCUGGACUGCCACCAUGAGAAUACCACCACCUCGCCCAUCCAGUACGAAUUCAGCCUGACCCGUGAGAAAAAGAAGCACGUGCUCUUUGGCACCGUGGGGGUACCCGAGCACUCAUACCGCUCCCGGACCAACUUCACCAGCAAGUACAACAUGAAGGUCCUCUACUUAGCUGACUUCACCAACAAGGAUGAGGGGAUCUACACGUGCGAACUCCGCCUCUCCGGUCAGCCUCAAACCAUGCCCCAGUCACAGAACAUCUCUGUGCUCAGAGACAAGCUGGUCAAGUGUGAGGGCAUAAGCCUGCUGGCUCAGAAUACCUCAUGGCUGCUGUUGCUCCUGCUCUCACUCUCCCUCCUCCAGGCCACGGAUUUCAUUUCCCUGUGACUGGUUGGGCCCAUGGAGGACACAGGAAGCCUCAGGGCCCAGUGCAGAGAAGGUCCUGCUUCUCUGAGUUGGCUGACCCUCUCCUCCCAGUCCCUCUCACACCUUGGGGAGAAAUGGGGACCCCACCCCUUGUAAGGAAUCCCAGUGCUGCAUGCCAUCAUCCACCCACCUAACCCACUGCCACUUCACCCUCUCCGCACGCCACUGGCUGUCUUUUUGUACUCUUUGUUCCAGAGCUGCUUCUGUCUGGUUUAUUUAGGGUUUAUCCUUCCUUUUCUUUGGGAGUUUGUGACAAGGGAAGCCAGGGUAGGAGACCUGGUGGAGAGUGAGAUCAUGUGACCAGUAGAGGGUACCAGUCUCUGGGUGAGUCUAUCCACACCUACCAGAACCACAGGCCUGGGACAGACCUGGACAGGGAGGGGGUGGGGUGUGUCUGGGUCUGGCAGAUAUGCUCUGUUCUGAGACCUAGCACCUCAAGACCCUGGUGUGAGGGCACCGCCCAGCAUGUGUAGUCCAUGGCGUGAGGGUGAGAACUGAGCGUCUCCAGGAACAUUCUCAGCCACAGCAAAAAAGCCACCCUCUUGCCACAGCAGAAGUCUCCUAGGGACGUUGGGCCAGAGGCCUGAUCCAGUGGAGAUGCAGAGUCGGCCAGAAGCAGCAGCACAAAAUGGAGGGGUGGAGAAGCGGGUGGGAGGUGAGAGCGCAUCACCCCUCCACAGUGAAAGACGCUGAAAUGUGAGGCUGCUGUCCCUCACUGCUGCAGCCUACAGUUGUGAGGGUGGCAGAGGACGACAAACCCCUUCCUGGAUUGUCCCAAGCUCCCAAGAGCUUCCAGAUCACUAACCUGCAGGCUCUGCAGGGAGGAAGGAGAGAGUCCCAGAGCCUCAGAGCUUGGCCCAAGUUCCGAAGGGAGGCUCUUCUUUCCCUUUCCCAUAAGUGCCAGCCCCUGCUGGCUGGGCCCUGAGCCCCCAGACAGCCCCUGCCCCGCAGACUUGCCUCCUCGGGAACCGAGGGGGGCCCAAGGCAGGCCAUGGAGUGAGACCCUGAAGUAGCACACUCCUUGGGAGACGGCUUUUCCCAACACCCAGCUCCCCACCCGGCAGCUCUGCCUGUCCCGUGACUGUGUAUAGUGCCACCACAGCUUAAUGGCAUCUCAUUGAGGAAAAAGCAAACUGCACAAUAAAACCAAGCCUCUGGAGUCUG